AUGUAUCGUCAUUGGUGCAAAGGAAUCCUACCCGAAGUUGCGCAAAUCGUCAAAAACUAUCACGAAGAAUUGGAAAACCUGACUGAUAUCAAUUUCAGAAACGAACAGUUCCUAGAAUACGCCGCCAAAUUCAAUGAAUUAUUUCAAUGGAUCCGGCGAACUCUUGGGAAAUGCCGGAAUUCCACUGUGCACACUCACGAUAUCGAAGAUAUUGUGCCGCAAUUACGAGGAUAUCUCAUUCUUGCCAAAACUGCAAUUCAAUUUCCGACAAGAAUUCUGGAUAAUGAAGGAAGAAUCGUAGACCUCCAAUUGAAUGUUUCGGAUUGUCGCAACUUCUGGAAGAGUGUUUUCGCUGCCCUACGACCAUUUGUUCUUCAGCGGGAAAUUUAUGUUUCAAUCAAUAGAGCAUUUAAUGAUUGGAGGCUUUAUGCUCAAAAUCUUGAAGAAGUCGUCAGGCUUCCUGGUAUUAAUGACUUACACAUUGAAAUCGUUGAUAACGAUGAAAGUAAUGAAGAGGAUGAGCACGACGAAGAUGAGGAAGAAGAGGAAUCCGAAGGAGGCGAGCUUGAAGACACGGAGGCCAUUGAAGAACGCGUUGACACUGUUGAGGAUUCGGAAGUUGGCAACGAUUAUAAACACUAG